AUGCGCUUCGCCUCCCUCAUGUCCAUCCUCGCCCUCCUCGCCUCGGCCUCGCCCGCUGUCGCUGAUACCAAGGUCGUCACCGUCACGGUCUACGUACCCACCGGCGGCGGCGAGCCCGUCACCUACCUGCCUGCCGAGACGGCUGCUGCUACCAACAACGACAAGGCCACCCAGGCUGCAGACACGCUCAAGGCCACUCAGGCAGUGGACAAGCCCACUGCUGCCGCCACGCACGCUGAGACCCCCAAGCAGACGGACGCGACCAAGGCUGCCGCCACUGACAAGGCUUCUGCCACUGCCGAACACUCUGCCGAGUCUGAGACGGCCGCAAAGCCCACCAAGGAGGCCACGGACUCUCACGCGCCGACGACCAAGGCCGACCAGACCUCCAAGGCCGGCAGCACCAAGGCCGACACGAACACGGGCACGGGCACGGGCACCAUCACCAAGCCGACGGGCAGCGCGACCAAGUCUGUCCAGGUCAAGGUCACGCACGCGUGGGUGACGGCGACGGUCUCGGGCGUGCUCACGUCGGCGUACAAGGCGUCGACGUACACCAUUGCCCGGACGUCGGGCACCGCCGCCACCGUCCUCGCCGCCGCGGCAAACAGCACGCUCGCGCCCUCGGCACCCGUCACGAGCGGCCUCGCCAAUGCGACGUCGGCGUCGGCGGCGCUCUCGAGCGCCCUCGCCACCGAGGCAAGCAUCAGCUCGGACCUCGCCAGCGCCACGUCGGCAGUCGCGUCCGCCUCGGCAGAGGCUACCCAGGCUGCUGCUUCGGCCGCCGAAGAGCUCGCGCCCAUUGCCAACUCGGCCUGGAUCGGCGUCGGCGUCGCGGGCCUCGUGGCGCUCGGCGCCGCGUUCUAG